AUGGCCGCAGAGACAGAAAACAUCCUCCAGAAGGUCGACUCUCUCACCGAGGAGCACAAGGAUGGCGCCGCUAAGAAGGGCCACCGCAGAGUCAGCUCCAUGGCCGCUGACGUCUACCGUAUUGAAGACCUAGAGAAGGAGGGCAAGCACAUUGAGAUCUCAAUUGAGACACAGAAGCUCAACUGGAAGCUGAACAAGUCACCCACCACGGUUGAGGACCCAUCAGUGCUGAAGCUGCCACUCACCGAGCCCAAGCUCAAGUCUAUUACCCUACACUUCCCGCUUGGCCUAGAGGUCGUCGCACGGAACAUGAAGGGUGUCACCAUCAAGGACGCAUUAGAUGCCAUCCAUAAGCAGUUCAAGAAGCGCGCAGACGACGAGUUCGAGAAGCCCUACCUCAUGGGAUUUGAGUGGGACCCAUCAGAGUGCUACACGCGCUUCAUCGUCCACCAGUCAGCCAACCCUACCGCGCCCAAUGCCUUCGCUUCUGGUGGAAAGAAGAAGAAGGCCAAGAAGGCCGAGGGCGAGGAGGGUUCCUAA